UACGAGCAACUAAUUCGCUAAUCAUGGGUUCACGCAGCCCUAUAAAGAGGGCCUACACGUUUCGUCCCAGACGCCAGAUACAGCAGCAGAUUAGUUUACAAUUAAAGAAUAGUAUCUUUCUAUUUGGUAGUAUGGACGGAGCUGAUGGAUCCGAGAAGCCCGCCGGUGAAGAGAGUGGACGCAUUGGAUCUGAGCAGCCCGCCGGUGACGAGAAUCAAAGCAUCACCAUUUCCCUUGAUCACUACAACCGCAUGAUGGAAGUUAUUGGGAGGAUCGACCAUUUGAUGACCACAAUUGAGAUGCAUGGCAGACUAAUUUCGUUGAUCCGGCGACAACUGGACGAACGUCGACGCGGUACUGGUUUCGCGCCUAGGCGGUGCAUGGCUUGCGGCGUGACGGGCCACAAUAGGAGUACCUGUGGACGUGCUUCUCGUUAGAAGACUUGGCGUGAAGAUAGGACAGUCUAGUUAAAGUAAUAGUUAAAGUAAUAGGUUUUAUUUCAUUCAUUUUAAAUUGCAGUAGUGAAGAUGUAUUUCCCUUGAGCAUUGUCAAUGUAUUUCCAUGAUGGAUGAAUAUAAUAAAAUGUUCUGUCA